UGACAUGACAAUUCCGGCCUUCUUCCCGUACUAAACUCCUACUGCCGAAGCAAGAUUUUAUGGUACUAAAAAUAUCCCGCGAAUAUUCUCAGGAAGGCGAAGAACCCUAAAUUCUCCAUGCAAUCGUCUCGGUCGGUGCUGCGUCUCCUCUGCCAGAGAUUCCGCAAUGCGGGCUACUGCCAGCAGCAAUCUCCGCGUCCUCACGUCCUCGACGAGCUCCGGCGCCUGUUCAAGCUCGUUCAUCCGGAUCUCUUCCACAGUUACCCGCAGCACCAGGAGAUCAAUCAGCGCUCCUUCCAGCUCCUCCAGGAAUACCUCCGCGUCGCCAAGGGCGGCCAGGUGAAUUGCUCGGUCAAUGAGUACAAGCUCGAAUUCUACGUCCGGCGCGAGCGAGAGCCCAAGGGAUUCAAGGAUGAGAAGGAGGAAUCGAUCAAGAAGGUGGAGGUGUGCUUGCCACCGCCACAGGCAACGCUGCCAGGAACUGAGAUGCUGCCUGCUACUCGAUCGGCACUGGGCUUGCUACUCUCCUCGUUUGGACUCUCGCCGGAGUUCUCCGGGAACCUCACAGGCGGUGGCGAGAUACUCUCCAAGAGCAGGCUGACGAUGAAGCUCUCGGAGCUCUUCCAGACCGCGUCGGAGCUCCAGCGGCAGAACGAGACGACUGUUCUUGGGCAGGAGCAGCGGAUGAUCGUGGUCAGGAACGCGCUGCGGCUGGGCCGCGGGGUGACGGUCUCGUUCCGGAAGGAUUUGCCGCCCGACUCGCAGCUCCAGUGCCUCCACUCGCUAGCUCGAGCUCUUGACAGCGUCCCGGAUUGCGAGCUCAAAGGCUGCGCGCUUCUCAUCGGUGAUAGCUGCUGUGGCGUGGAUGGUCUCGGCAACUUGUGGCUCAACCACGACGAUGGUCCGGUGUUCUGGGCGGAGUUCUUCCGCCAGCUCGAUGUGAGCUCCAUCGCAGCGAAGCGAGCAGCAGUCCGGGAGAGGCGAGUGAAGGAGUUUCGAGCGGCACGGCUGAUGGAAGUGGAGAUGAUCUUCGCAGACGAUGCGCUCUCCUUGGAGCAGGAGUAUUCUUCGUUCCUUGACAAGGUGCUGCACGAGGCCGAGGCGAUUGGAGCUGUCGGUGAUGGAAAGUUUCACGAUCUCCCGAUUCGAGUGACGAGCAGCAGUGGCAGCAGCAUGAGCGUCGACGAUCGAAUGGGGUAUAUCAACGUGCCGGUGACCGAGAACUUGGCAGAGAUCUACAAGUUCGUCAACGAGAGGGGCCGUGAGGCUGUCAAGAGGAGGAUCGAGUUCAAGGCCGAGGAGGAGAAGCUGGGGAAUCUCAAUCUCCACGUCCGGAAGAAGCUGCGAUUGAGGAACUUGGUGUUUGCGCCGGAGCUGGAGAUGGAGCAAAUCCGAUCGGCUUGCAUGAGACUGCUGAAUCACUCCACCAGGCUGAGGCUCUUGACGGAGGGGCUGUCCAUUUGCAUCUCGGAUGAGUAUCGGCUGCCAAUUCCCGGGACGAGAAGCAUGAUGCACUUGCGAUGGAAUUUCAACAUGGCCGAUCUCUAGAUGGGCAUUUUUCAUCUCUAGAAAUGCCCAAGAACCCUAAAUUUCUGAAA